ACAGCAUUGGCAAUCGCACUACGUCAUUUUUUGAGAGCUUUUAAGUGGCUUCGCGUGAACGGGAGAUUUCCCGCACGGACUCUUAUCAACGGUUGAAUCAGUCCUACGUCUCCGCGAGAACUGGGGUUCGUUCGUAUACGCCCACGCGCACGCUCGCGCCGUCAUACGUGCGCGUGACACACCUUCGGUUAGCCGUUAGGCUAACAUUAAGCUAAAUUUCCGGUGGGCGCGCGCCGGGCUCGGGCUGUGACUUCGGUGUUAUGCGGUGAGGCGAGCGAACGAGCGAGAGUCCGCCCGCGACUGUCCCCCUCGGCCGACCAUCGGGAGCCGCCAUGGAGUGCCGCGUCCUGUCCAUCCAGAGCCACGUCGUCCGAGGAUAUGUGGGCAACAAGAGCGCCUCUUUCCCGCUGCAGGUUUUGGGCUUUGAGGUGGACUCCAUCAACUCGGUGCAGUUCUCCAACCACACAGGCUAUUCGCACUGGAAGGGCCAAGUUUUGACGGCGGACGAACUGCACGUUCUCUACGAAGGCAUCAAGCUCAACAACGUGCACCAGUACGAUUACGUUCUCACAGGCUACACCAGGGACACGUCCUUCCUGGAGAUGGUGGUGGAUAUCGUUCAGGAGCUCAAGAGAGCCAAUCCAAAUUUGGUGUACGUGUGCGACCCGGUGCUGGGUGACCACGGCUCCAUGUACGUCCCUCAGAACCUCUAUCCGGUGUACAAGAACAAGGUGGUUCCCGUCGCUGACAUCAUCACUCCCAACCAGUUUGAGGCAGAACUGUUAACGGGGAAGAACAUCAGCACAGAGAAAGAUGCCGUGCAGGUGAUGGACCUGCUGCACGCCAUGGGCCCGGACACGGUGGUCAUCACCUCCUCCGACCUGCCCUCCAGACUGGGCGAUCGCUUCCUGGUGUCGCUGGGCAGCCAGCGUCACGUUCGCCCCGACGGCAGCAGGACAACGCAGAGGGUCAGAAUCGAAGUUCCCAAAGUGGACGCCGUCUUUGUUGGGACGGGCGACUUGUUUGCCGCUAUGCUGCUGGCGUGGACCCACCACUACCCGAAUGACCUCAAGACGGCUUGUGAGAAAACAUUUUCGGUGAUGCAUCACGUCAUCCAGAGGACCAUAUCGUACGCUCACGAACUGGCAGGUCCCGGUCGGAGGCCCAGCCCCCCCCAGCUGGAGCUGCGGAUGGUCCAGAGCAAAGCCGACAUCGAAGACCCCGCCAUCGUGACGGAGGCCACCGUCAUAUCAUAACGACCGCCAGCGUCCCCGUCACUGUCAAGGUCAUUUUGUAACGCAUCAACCCGAUUGGUCCUCGGACCCUUUGUAGUCCUUCUAGCUCCCCCCGACGCAAGCCAUUAGCCUCCGCGCUGAGCCGCAGAUCGACAGGAGGGGCGGCCCGUCAAAAACAGGACGUGUGACGCACCCCCGCGUGCUCCGAAAUUGUGUUCUCUGCGGCUCCACUUCCACUUCCGUGCAUCUUUUAGCAGUGAUGUGAUGGUGAUCAAUCAGCCCGCCCCACAGAAAAUACUACAGAGGGGGGGGGGAAAAAAAAAACGCACAAUGUAUAGUUGAUGUGUAGAUGUUGUACUAUAACUGUAUUGGACCGUCUGUAUGAUCGUGUCUAGUUGACCAUUGUGUGCUACUCAGCUACACGCACACACACGCUAUGUGAAUGAACUUCUCAAAGACAUCGGUACUUGUAUUCAAAUAUUUGAAUAGUACCUCCAUUUUAAGAGGGGUGGGGGGGACACGCAUAUCCAUUUGUCACAUCUGGGCUGAUUUUUCGAACCUAAGGGACCACACAAGCGUGUCCUUACUGCUCUCCUUGUGUGCCGUCUCCUCGAGAUUAGCAGCACAUCAACUGCAUCACGGGCUUAUCGUGAUAAGCCGAGCGGUCAUCGUGAGUCUCUUCCCCCGAACCAGAUGUGUGUGCUCGUGCCUACGUUGAACAUUUAUGGUUGUUUUCCAGGCCAAUCGGGUAAGGGGG